UUGGAAGUGUUUAAUACGAAAUACUGUCAAGGAUACAGUCUGUUAAAGCAACUUGGUUGGUCUGCAAUUUUAUUUGCGAGCUUGGGAAUUAUCAGUUGUCAUUGAUCAAAUAAAAAAGGGCGUUGAUGUGCUCUCUAAUAAUAUGAGCGGUAGGGACCUUUCGCUGUCACAGGCAGUCUGUUUUUGUUGAUACCGUCAGCAGCCGCUCAGGAGGGAGACACAGAGGAAUUAAUGCGUAUUUAAACAGCAACACAGUCGUGUUGGAAAUACACUGAAGACGAAAAAUGAGAGGCCUAGGAUAUUUUAUUGCACUUUUAUUCUUUCCCAUGACAUUUGGUGUGGAUUUCCAUGUGGAACCAAGAUCGUAUAACGCGCACCGGGUGUAUGUGAAGUCUCCCGUAGCCGCCAGAAGUCUAAUCGGGACGGGAUCGGAUGCAGAUAUUUCUCGUAUCCACCAUCACAUCCAGAAAAGGAGCGCAGAUGAUGGACCAGACUCCUGUAAUGGGUUGGAUGGAUUUGAGACCAAGUUAACUAGCAAUACGCACAACUUUACCUUUCAAGAUAUCAGUCGGUCUGUGUCUCUGGCCUGGGUGGGGGAUGGAACUGGGGUAGUGCUGGCCCUGACAACAUUUCAGAUGCCAAUAGUCUUCCUGCGAUUCGGUCAGUCUAAACUGUACAGAAGUGAAGACUAUGGAAAGUCGUUUGAGGAUGUCACAGAACUUAUCAACAACACCUUCAUCAGCACUGACUUUGGGAUCGCUAUUGGUCCGGAAAGCUCUGGCAAGGUGAUCCUCACGGGAGAUGCUUCCGGAGGCAGUGGUGCCAGAAUUUUCCAUUCAAGAGAUUUUGGCAAGAGUUUCAUCCACACAGAAUUGCCCUUCCACCCACUAAUGCAGAUAAUGUACAACCCUCAAAACUCAGAUGUUCUUGCAGCCAUCAGCGUCAGGAUUUUGCAUUGGAACAAGCAGGAACAUGGCAAAAUGGCAACAGCUGCUAAAACCAUUAAAUUGGGAAUGGAUACUCUGUUCUUCUCCACCAACCUUAACGGAUCCUGCUAUGAUAAAGGGGUGCUGGUGCUGAGAAAGUCAGCUGACCUUGGUGUUAACUUUAAGACAGUCGCUGAAGGGAUCUACUCCUUUGGGAUUGGCGGACGCUUCCUGUUCGCAUCAGUUAUGACUGGAUCAGGAAACAUAAUGCCAUCAGCAUCUGAGGACAUGAUACGGGCAAUACAUGUGUCGGUAGACAAAGGUGAGACGUGGAACAUGGCACAACUUCCUCCUGUCGGCCAUGAGCAGUUUUAUUCAAUACUGGCAGCCAAUGAUGAAAUGGUCUUCAUGCAUGUGGAUGAACCAGGAGACACUGGGUUUGGCACCAUCUAUGUAUCAGAUGACAGAGGCACUGUGUAUUCCAAGUCUCUAGAACGCCAUCUGUAUACGACCCCAGGGGGCGAGACAGAUUUCACGAACGUCACUUCCCUCAGAGGAGUCUUCACUACUAGCGUGCUGGUUGAGGACGGCUCAGUACAGACAGUAAUAUCGUUUGAUCAGGGAGGUGAAUGGGUUCCUUUGAAGAAACCAGAGAACACAAAGUGUGAUUCUACAGCCAAAGAUCCAGAAAUGUGUAGUCUGCAUAUUCAUGCCUCAUACAGCACCUCCAUGAAGCUGAAUGUUCCCAUGCUGCCUCUGAGUGAACCUAAUGCUGUGGGACUUAUAUUGGCUCAUGGGAGUGUAGGUGACGCAAUCUCAAUGAUGACUCCCGAUGUGUACGUGUCUGAUGAUGGAGGCUACACCUGGCUGCAGGCUCUGAAGGGGCCGCACCAUUACGCCAUCCUGGACUCAGGAGGCCUGCUGGUGGCCGUGGAGCACAACGAAGCCAAACCCAUCUCUGAGAUUAAGUUCUCCACUGAUGAGGGGCAAUGCUGGCAUGUUUAUAAGUUCACCCAGACGCCGAUGUUCUUCACGGGGCUGGCCUCAGAGCCUGGUGCCCGCUCAGUGAAUGUCAGUCUGUGGGGUUAUGAAGAUGCUUUGAUCAGCCACUGGGUAACUUACACCAUUGACUUUAAAGACCUGCUGACACGUACCUGCCAGGAGAAUGAUUACAUUCAGUGGCUGGCACACUCAGAUGACAUCAGCGACCCAGACGAUGGCUGCAUGCUGGGUUAUAAGGAACGUUUCCUGCGUGUGAGAAAGGACUCGGUGUGUUGGAUUGGCAGAGAUUACAUAGUCACAAAGCAGCCCACGCCGUGCAGGUGUACACUGGAUGACUUCCUGUGUGACUUUGGAUAUUACCGUAAAGAGAACAGCUCAGAAUGUAUCGAACAGGCUGAUCUCAAAGGCCACGAUUUGGAGAUCUGCAUCCAUGGGAAAAAGGAACUGCUACAGACCAAUGGGUACCGAAAGAUUCCAGGUGAUAAAUGUGAAGGAGGGAAAGAACCAGAAAGAAGGGUGAUUGACCUGAGCAAGAGAUGCGUUAGCAACCUGCUGGAGCCUCAACUGCUGACAGAUAAAUCUACCUCACAUUCCGCCCCUAUCACUGCGAUCGUCAUAGCCAUCCUGCUGACCGGUGUAGUGUUUGGAGUUCUGUUUGUAAAGAAGUACGUCUGUGGUGGAAGGUUCCUUGUACACAGAUACUCUGUCUUACAACAUAAUGCGGAAGCCAACGGCAUAGAUGAACCACUGGACACAGAUGUUGCUGAAGCUCCCAAGAAUGAUUUCCAUGAUGACUCAGAUGAGGUACAGAUUCGGACCGUCUCACACUAAUCAAUUCAUCUAAACAUUUGUCUUAAUUAUUUACAAGCUGAUC